CGAGAAAAAGAAAAAAAAAAGAAGGAAUGAAAGAGGAAACAAGAGGCAGGGAUCCCGGAGACUAAACUGCAGUUGGUAGCUCACUACAAGCAACAGAAAUGGCGCGAGGAUCAUCGUCUUCAAAGAAGGACGAAGCAAAAGGAGAAAUCAACCCAGAGAUUGGGGAGCGAAAGCGGCUCAAGAAGCUCGCAUUCUCCAAUAACAUACUUUCAGAAACCCAAGCAAAGCCCCAGGCUUAUCUGAGCCCUUCAGCGACGGUUCUGAAGCACCAUGGCAAAGACAUUGUCAAGAAAUCACAGCGAAAAAACAGGUUCCUCUUCUCCUUUUCAGGCUUGCUUGCUCCCGUUAGUGGUGGCAAGAUUGGCGAGCUCAAGGAUUUAGCAACCAAGAAUCCCGUUCUCUAUCUCGAUUUUCCUCAGGGGCGUAUGAAGUUGUUUGGAACUAUCAUGUAUCCGAAGAACAGAUAUUUAACUUUGCAGUUUUCUAAAGGUGGAAAGAAUGUGACUUGUGAAGAUUGUUUCGAUAAUAUGAUUGUCUUUUCUGAUGCAUGGUGGAUUGGAACAAAAGAUGAAAAUCCAGAAGAGGCGUGUCUUGAUUUUCCUAAAGAAUUGACCUUGGGACAAUGUGGAGAAUAUGACUUUAAUGGUGGUGCUGGUGUUACCAGUACAAGUAAGCAGAGUGUUCAAAAGAAGGGAAUCGAUCCUGCUACAGAAAAUUCAUUUAAAGGAGAACAUGGAGAUGAUUUAGUGGGCCUUGAAGCCAGCGUGACAAACUCUGUAAAGACUAUGCCAGUUAGACAUUCUGAAAGAUCUGCCAGAAAAGUAUUCAAUUUUGCAGAGGCUUCUUCUGAGGAUGAGUCUACUGGCACGGACGCUGAUUUGUCUGAAGGAGAAGAAAAGAAUAUUGUCAUACAUGAGCCUUCAAUUGGAGAUCAUGCUAGUGAAAUACAGACAGAAGAUAUCUCAGUUGAAUCUAUAGAUGAAGAUGCCGUGGAAAUUAAACCUUCUUUUCUUGAAGGAAAUCAGACAUCAAUUUCUAAAGAAAAGAAAAAUUUUCGGGCUAAGGGAAGUGCUCAGAGUGAUACUCGUGGACUUGUCCAGCCUACUCUACUUAGUUUGUUCAAGAAAGUGGAGGAGAAGAGGACACCAAGAAGUUCAAAGAGGUCUUCAGCUCCCAAAGUUUCUACCCAAAAGAUGCAGCUGUCUGGUUCAAAGCAAAAGAUUGACCAGGAUGAAGGAUCAAAGAAAAGGAGGGCUGUCCGGGGACAAGGAGGAAAAGCCCAGCGGAAGGAUACAGAAUAUGAGGUUGAAGAUGAGAUUGAAGAGUUGUCCAGCUCUCAAGAGGACACUGAUGAAGAUUGGACAAGUUGAGGUUGUUACCAUUCCAACAUUGGUAAGCCACACCAGCAGGAGCUCGAAUUGCAUUGCAGGGGAUUAUAUUCAGAAUUCAGAAUGCUCGAAUUGCUCUACCAGGUUCUUUGAUGCAGCUGGCUAAUUGAAAUUAAAGAAAUUUAACCAUAAGAUGAUAUUGAAAAGUUUUUAUCAUAAAGUUAGGCAAUGUAAAAUUAUGUUUUCGAUAUACUUGUGAGAUCAACUGUUACACUUCCUAGAAACCAGACCAAGUUUAAGGUUAAAAAUAUUCACAUGCAGAUUGUUGUGCCUUUGGAUAA